AUGUGUGGGGGAAUCAAGAAAUUUGCUCUUGCUAAGGAUUGUCUCCAGGCCAUUAAGAAUAAAUUUAGGGAAUCUGAGAAAGCUGAAAUUGCUCAACACAUAUCUCUCUUAACUUCUUACAAAUUUGAAGGUGGAGGCUCAAUCAGAGAUCGUAUUAUGAGGAUGACUGAUGCAGCCAAGAAGCUCACUUCCAUGGAUGUCAACAUUUGUGAAGAGCAACUAAUUUUCAUGAUAUUACAAGCCCUGCCACAAAAGUAUAGCCAACUCAAGGUAUCUUACAACACUCAAGACAAAACUUGGAUCGUGGAUGAGUUGAUUGUCACUGUGUGCAAGAGGAGAAUCGAUAAAAGCAAGAAAAAAGCAAAGAACCUGAACAGCCUUGAAUUUGAAGAAAUGGUGCAGUCGGAUUUUGAUACUUCACAACUUAAUUAUACUCAAGUACCUUUGCUUCAGAAAUCCAACACCAUUAAUUCUGAUCUUGAUGAAGACAUGAUGGAUGUGCCGGAGAAUCUUAUUCAAAAUAACAAUCCAAGUACUGAAACUCAAGAAAUGACUCAGUUCGAUUUGGAUCAUAAUCAAGCAAUGAAGAGCCUUCAAGUAGUUCUAUGGCAAAGGCAAGAAGAACUUGAUUCAAUGCAGAAAAACAAUGUUCGGUCCUUGGUGCACUUGCCAGCUAAAGUUCAGACUAUUGACUGUAAAUGGGUAUACAAGACCCAGAGGGAUGCUGAAGGAAGGAUUGAAAGAUACAAGGCUAGAUUAGUUGCAAAAGGGUUUACACAAAGAAAGGGGGUUGAUUAUAAAGACACUUUUUCCCCAGUAUCUUCAAAGGAUUCUUUGAGAGUUAUAAUGGCCUUGACUGCCCAUUUUGAUCUGGGAUUACACCAAAUGGAAGUCAAGACUGCUUUCUUGAAUGGUGAGCUCGAUGAAGAAAUAUUCAUGACUCAACCUCCUGGAUUUGUUGAAAGGGGGAAAGAAAAUAUGAUUUGCAAACUGAACAAGUCAAUUUAUGGAUUAAAGCAAGCUUCAAGACAAUGGUUCUUAAAGUUUGAUUAG